UGUGGGCGACCUGUUCCGGUGCUUCUCGGCGCCGAGCAACGCACGGCGCCUGCUCAGCACGGACGACGAGCGCGCCGAGAUGGCCAGCGUGGUGGGCCUUCGGGCCCUCAGCGUCGUCUGGCUCCUCAUGGGUCACUUUCUGCUGCUGCACUCCAUGAUGCUCACCAAGAACUUGACAACGCUCAAGGACAAGAUCAAGGACAUCACCAUAGAGUUUAUUGUCAACUUCACUCCGGCCGGAGACACCAUCAUCUGCUUGCUGGGUCUCAUGAUGGUGUACGUGAGCAACCGUCGGCUGCGAGAGGAGAACGCCGUGCGGACCAAACGCUACGUGCUCAAGUACCUGCUUCAUCGAGUGAUCAGGUUGGCGCCCCUGAUGGUGUUAACUACAGUGCUAGUGGCCCCGGCGUUUCCCCAGCUGGGCCAGGGUCCGACCUGGGAGUAUGAAUCUGUACGCAUGGUGGGCCAGUGCCGCAACAGCUGGUGGCUCAACGUGCUGCACAUCAACAACUUCUUUCCAAGGAAGCAGCAGUGUAUGGAGCACACAUGGUUGUUCGCACUCAUGAUGCAGUUCACUGUGGCCGGAGCACUGCUCGUGCCCGUAUUCUACCAUCGGCCAGUGGUGGGUCGUGUGCUGGCCAUUAGCGGCAUCGUGGCGUCCAUGGCACUGACCUUCCUCUUCACAUUGCUUCAUGACCUGGGACCGACCUGGUUGUUCCGUGAGUACAAGCCCGGAACGCGGGACACCUACGCGGAAAUGAUCUACGUGCGGCCUUACACAAGAGUCGGUGCCUUUUUCUUGGGAACACUGGCGGGCGAGCUUCUCUCCCACCGGAAGAAGAUCACCAUCAACAAGGGGCUGGUGCUUCUUGGCUGGCUGUGCUGCCUGGGCACCCUUUUAGCGCUGAUCCACGCACCGUUCAAGUGGAACCGCGGCCUGGAGUUGCCCGGCACCGAGGCGUCGGCCGCGUACGGGGCCUUCUCGCGAGUCCUCUGGGCCGCUUCCAUCUGCUGGGUGGUCGUCGCCUGUGCCCACGGCUACGGUGGCUGGCUGAAUAACCUGCUGUCGCUCAAGUGCUGGCAGCCACUGAGCCGUCUCCUCUACUCGCUCUACAUGGUCGGCCCGCUUGUCAUCGCCUACUCGAAUGGAGUCCGGGAGCACGCCUACUACCUCUCCUACGACGCCAUGGCAUACGUGCUGCUGCACCACUUCGUGCUCAGUCUGGUGGCCGCGGCCGUGCUCUCGCUGUUGGUGGAGCAACCCUUCGUGCGCCUCGAGGCUCUUGUGUCGGAGCGGCUGGCCGCAAGGCGCCCGCCGCCUCCAGAACCCAUGGUCCAGGUGCCGCACAUCGAACGCCACUGGCUCGACAAGGGGCACGAGAAUCCGGCGUUCGCCAAGGAGAAGCUCUGACCACGCUGCACACGGGGCGAUGCUUGAGCGACCUCGGCUAUAUCCUGUAGCACCACUACCGCUGCGUUACGCUUACACAUUGAUGAGAGACGUGUGAAAUUUUUUUUCUCCUUUCUUAUCUCCCGUUGCGCUCACCAGAAAGCUACUAUUAAAAAAGCAGCAAACACCUGUUAAAGAAAAUCCCGAAGAUGCCACAUAUUUAAGGCUGGACUGUAAGAGGCACUUGCCUCUGAAACUGAAGGUGUCAAAUGUACACUCUCGACCUUCUACGGGCCUUUAAUUACCGCACCGCCACAGCGCUGCGAAGCACCAGUUCUAAGGAAGUUGCUCUUUCCCAGUUCCGCCUUUCUGGGAGGCGAUUUGAUAGGAGAUAAAACGCUGUACAUUCGUGUUUUGGUGGAACGUAACCGCAUUUCUAGUAGCCACUCUAUUGUAGCUGCUGUUACCACAAUAAACUUUGACAUAUGUAAUAUGCUAAUCACCUGCAGCUGUUGGUCACGCUCGAAGCUUGAAGCAGAACCGGUUGUGUCUGUCAAUUGUAUAUUCUUCAUAUAAUAUUCUUAGGGUUUCAGAAAAAAAGCGGGCACGAGAGACACGACAUUCCACCCAUCGCCGAUCCUAGUUUCCACGUUGCGCCAAGUCUGCAGCGCAUUGCACGCAUUGUCCCAACUUAUACGACCAACGACCGCACUUUGCCUUUAUUUGUGGACUCGACUUGCCUUAGCAUGACUAGGCUGGUCUUCAGGGCUAAAUCAAGAUAUGCAGGUCCCUAAAUGUAAUAUUGUAAGUAAUUUUAUUGAAAAGGUCUUGCUAGCUACCAAAAUGCUGCAUACACAAGUGGUUUAUGCGCUUUCAUGGAUAAA